AUGGCGUUCCGCGCACGCUCAGUGGAGUUAGCGCGCAACCGGGGUAACGGAAAAACCAGACAGGGGCUAGAGGGGAUGUUAAAGUAUAGGCAACUCGGGUCUGACCCUACAGCUGCAGUCAUGGGAGUGAAGGUUUUACAGUGCUUUCCCUUCUACCGCCACGCUAAAGGCCGAGGCAAAGGAAGACUCUGUCCACCCCCAGCAGUGCCCUCUGGGGAGGUGAAGCCGGAGUUCUCCUCCUCCUCCUGGGCGUGUGACAGUGAGGGCGGUGGCGGUGGCGGGGGUAGCGUGCGCCGGGUCUACCUCUCCCAGAAGGCCCGGAUCAGCUACCGGCACCAGAUGGACAACGUGAUAGACGCCACCUACUAGCCUGCCUGACCCCCCUGCCUGCCUCCCGCCGCCCACCUAGCAGCCUUCAGCACAGCCGUGCCCAGCAAGUCGUCCUUGCCCCCGACCAUCCCAGUGGCCCCCUCGGUGAUGUGGCCCCCACUCUUUUUUCCGUGAUGGCGGUUCAUCUGACGGGGCUCGCUUUUUUGCACUCCUUAUGAUCGGGACUGUCCAGAGAAUCAGGAAUAGUGUCUAGUAGUAAUGGUGUUUCUAGCUGUGGUUUGGGGCAGAAAAAAAACCUCCAGUGUUUCUUACUCCCCUAUAUAGAGAUACAAUAGAGAUUUAAAAAAAAGUAUGUUAGGACUGUAGAGAACUUUGCGCUUGAAAAUGUGAAGAUGACGUUGUUGAUGGUGCUUUGGGUAUGUCCUGUGGAUAUGGAGAUUGCAAGGAAAAAGAAAGGACGUAAAUGCAAAAUAAGCAGGAAUUGUGUUUACAAAUAUUAGCCUGAAGUGCAUUUUAGUGUCUGGAUUUGUCCAUUGUCUCUUGUCUUUCUUGUCCUUUGUCUCUGUAAAGGUAUCUUGUGGAGUUAUAUGUAUUUAUUCAUGUGUGCUUGCGUGUGUGUGUGCAUGUGAGUGUGCGUGCAUGUGAGUGUGUGUGUGAGUGCGUGUGUGUAUGUAUGUGUGCGUGUGUGUGAGUGUGUGUGCAUCUGCAUACGUGUGCAAAUGCUUGUUUAUGUAAGUUUGUGUGUGAGUGAAGUCUCACUGUAAGCUAAUCAAUCCCAUUAAUGUCUACUGUGGUCUAGAAUGGCUAUUUCUUUGCUAGAUGUUCUUUUUUUUAUAUAAGCAAAAUUGUGACUAAAAGAUUGAUAUCUUGCAAUGUCAAACCUGAUUCUGUUGAAUCUAUUAAAUUUUAAAGAACUGAAACCAUCA